GGCCCCUAAUCCAAAAUGUCCUGCAGAUGAUACAGAGCUGAAAAAAGACCAAGUGAGUUUCUCUUUUUCUUCUAUCCAAGGCAGGAUUUUUUGCAAAUUCUGGGAUAGGUGGAAACCUUUCAUGGGAGGUGCGGCGAUCUGGGCGCAGCCACCCUGGGAGGGUGGGCCCAGGAUAUUAGGGUUAAAUCCGGUUUAGGAAUUAGUCAACAAUGUGAUUGUAUGUACGUAAUGUACAUAUAAUGUACUUUAACAUGUAUUUAUGAAUCGUGACUGUACGACAAUUUCGUCCCUGUUGCUAUGCUAAAAGCCUGUAAAAGGUAAUUGACACAGUGAUGAUCUUUACCCUUUAAGUGGCUAUGCACCCUGAUACGCCCUACUCGCUACUUUAAUUUUUUUUAAUUGCUUAACAAUCAUGUAAAAAUCGAUGCUAAGGAUAACAGAGCAUAAGUCCCUCACUAAGUCCCACCAAAACAUUACAAGACAAAGAUUACGUUGUACUUACAAAACUAGAUUGAACAAUUAACUAAUUUGCUUGCUCGAGGGGUAAAUUCAAAUUAAGAUAAUCGAUUACCGAAAAUCAUCUGCUCAUAUAGAAAAUCAAUCAAGAAAAAAAGGAUUUAUAAAUCAAGAAAUCUUAUACGCCUUACAAACAAAUUACCCAUCGAGCAUGCCAAUACUGGACAUUUACGAGCAACAGUUUGUUUGCAGUGAACGACACUUAUUGUACAGUGUCUUCCAAGUUCUAGGCCUUAAUCUUGUUAAGUUUAUUUUUGUAGUACUCGUAUAGUUUAGUUUUAAGGGUAAAAAAGAAGAGGACAAUUUGUCAUCACAAGGCAAACAGUUCCAUAAAUAUACAGUUCUAUUGAAGUACCAAUUUCUAAAGAGAACUGUAACAGAAUUUUACUCUGUCUAACAAGGGCGUCUAUGAGAAUUCUUAUAGACGUCCUGGUCUAACCUUGGACGAUUUUACUCGUCAUGGGAGAGUGCUGCCACUCGAUGGGUUAAGCAACACAAAAAAUUAAUAACAAACCUUCAUUCUGCUAAGUUUGAGAGUCAUAGUUUCACUUUGAUCCAUCAUUUGACUUUCACAGGGUGCAAAAUUAUUUCAGGGGAGCUGGUGCGCACCUCCUUGGGGCUCGGACUAAAAGCUGGGCUAGAUGGCAUUCUCGGGACACCAAAUCUUUCAUGAGCGAUAUUUGAAGUUUAAAAACUUUUUUCGUAAUAGUUAUAUUAUUUUUGGCAGAUCUAAAUUGCGAAAUUGCUAGCAAUUAUAAUAAACGUAGUUGGAGAAACCAAACGUAGAACGAUUCAUUUUUUACUUAACUAACACCCUGGCAGCGUUUUUCGCAUUGCAGUUAUAAACUGCAAUAGCAGAUACUUACUAUGCACUGAUGCACAGUCCUUAGAACAGCGCAGUUUUUGUGUGUAAUUUUUUUGUGAAACCUUCCAUCCUGCCAAUUUAGUUACGUGACGCCAAAUACAUGCAGACAACCUGUAUCACCAGUAAAUAAUAAAGUUUUAUCUUUAAUGAUUUGCAAAAUAUUUCCAUUACAGGUUUUCCCCGAUGUUUUUACUAAACGUGAGCUGAAUAAUCUGCGCCUGCAUUGCCCGAACACGGGGUGUUCAUGGAUUUGCACUAAUGAAGAGAUGCAGGUGCGUUUGUGGGUGGGGUGAAGGUUGGAGGAAUGAAAACUUAGGUUGGGAGAGAAUUAGAAAGACAGUACAGUGGGGAGGGGAGAGAGGAGAGAGGAAGGAGGUGGGAAGACUGGGGGAAAAGAUAAACUCGUCCCUCCCUUUUCUCUUUCCUUUUUCCCUCCCUCCUUUCCUGCUUUCGCUCAGAACGUCGAAGUUCGGUUAAUAUUUUUCAGAUAGUUGUAUCCAUAGGAAUACGGGCGGAAAAAAUUAGGGGGGAUUGGCAAAAAAUUACCCGACGAUGAUGGAAUUGCCCAGCAUGGGUUGUAGAAGGAAGACAUUUUAAAACGUCAUUCUUAAGACCAUAAAUAAAAAGUAUAUAAUUAUUUAUGAGUAUUUCUGAGAUUUCAUUCUUCAGGAUGCCAAAACUCAUCACUCUACUGCAUUAUUUUUGAAUUUAUAUGAAACAAAGGUUUAGAAAAUUGCCCGAUUUUUAAAUACAAUUUGCCCGACGAAACACCCACUUGGGGGAGGGGGGCUGCCGCCCCUCCAGGCCCCCUGUCUCUUAUGCCCAUGAUUGUAUCUCCUUCAUACCUCAGUUACCAUCGUUCGAGAUUUUAGAUAUAAGAUGGUAGAAUGUGAUUAUAAUUUCUUACUUUUAGAAACACGACGCAGAAUGUGCUUUUCGCUUAAUAAGUUGUAUUCAUACCCAGUGCAAGGAUAAGUUCCUGCGUUCUCAUUUGGGUGAACAUUUGAAAAGCGAAUGUAAAUAUCGGAAUGUGAAGUGUCAGUAUUGCAGAAAAGAUGUUCCAUUUGCAUCGAUUCAGGUAAAUAUUUAACAUUUUUUAUGUGUUUUAAAUUGUUACAAUAGGCUUGUCGUGUAUGAUCGUUUGACAUAAAACUUAUUUCCGUUCUGUCAGAACUCGUUUUGACCAUAUUUAUUGGAUGAGCUCGCCUGAGUACCCCAGUGUACUUUAAAGUUGAAUAAUAAAUGCAGUAAAAACCGGCAUGAAAGAACCACUAUUUUUAUGUCAGGGUGAAGUGGUUUUUAUACAGUCACCCCUAAGUACCCAUUGAUACUGGGCAAAUCUUGUCAAGUUGUGUAUUAAGUGGUUCGAAUUUCUAGUCAGAGACAAUUGUUCCUAGUUUAGUGUUUUAAAGUAUUUGUUUCCUUAUUUAGUGAGCUUAUGACGCUAUUACACGAAUAGUUGCUGUUGAAAUGCCUCCGAAUUUUAUAAAAUAUUUCUUAUAAAUUAUAAUUUAAGUUUGUACCCGCCUAUACCUGCCCGCAGAACAUGCUUUCUACUUUAAGAACCAGUCUCACUUGUUCUUGUAUGUUGGGUGCCAUGAUUGCCCAAAUUUCAAACUGGUGGUUCUUAACAGUUAACCCAGUGGUUCUUUUAUGUGAGGCUUUUACUGUAAACUUUUUGCUUGUUUAGGCACAUGUUGGAACGGUCUGCGAAGGUGCUCCCGUGUAUUGUAGAUACUGUAAAGCUGAAAUCCUGAGAAAGGACAUUGAACAACACGAACAACUGAUAUGCGACGAGGUUCCAGGGACAUGUGAAUUCAAUGUGGUGGGCUGUCAUCAUGAUGGG